AUGGACGCGAUAUUGGAAAUCGGAGAUCAUUUAUUUCUCGAUUCACUAUAUGCGGCCCUUGUGCCGGCAAGUCCUGUUAAUGGCUCCGAAAAUGCCGCGCUACGGCACAGCUUCUCGGAUGCGGACGGCGGCGUAGCCGGGUCAGCAUGGGCUCGCGACAACAUCGUGCGCCAAUGCAUAUCGAUCUUGAUCAUCACCCAGAUUGGCGCCACGUCUCUGUACCUCAUUUUCAGCGCGCUGUCGUAUUUCCUCAUUUUCGACCGCCGGCUGGAGUUCCAUCCAAGGUUCCUUAAGAACCAAAUCUCCCAAGAAAUCGCCUCCAGCAUGCGCGCCGUGCCCUUCAUCAACAUCCUGACCCUGCCUUUUUUCCUGGCCGAGGUGCGCGGCAAGAGCCUGCUGUACACCAACGUCGAUGAGUACGGCUGGUCAUGGAUGGUCGUCUCGACGGUGCUGUUCAUGAUCUGGAACGACUUCAUGAUUUACUGGAUCCACCGCCUCGAGCACCAUCCCAGCGUCUACAAAUACAUUCACAAGCCGCACCACAAGUGGAUCGUGCCAACGCCAUGGGCCGCGCUCGCCUUCCACCCGCUGGACGGGUACGUCCAGUCGCUGCCCUACCACGUCUUCGUCUUCAUCUGCCCCGUGCAAAAGUACCUCUACAUGGUGCUCUUCGGCCUGGUGCAGAUCUGGACCAUCUUCAUCCAUGACGGCGACAUGAUCUCGGGCCACUGGCUCGAGAAGUACAUCAACAGUCCCGCCCACCAUACCCUGCACCACAUGUACUUCACCGUCAACUACGGCCAGUACUUCACCUGGGCCGACAGCUACUUCAACUCGCACCGCGCUCCCCAGCCCGAGCUGGAUCCCCUGCACGAGGCCCUCCGCGUCAUGCGGGAGAAGGGGCUGGUGGAUGAGAAGGGGAAUCCCAUUCCUCAGGGAAAGAAUGGCAAGGGGAAGAAGGACGAGUAG